AGCCAAAUGAGAACGACGUCUUCCCUGAAAAGUGCGGGAGAACAAAAGUAGACCGAUAAAUUAAGAUACGUUGAUGAACUUUUAUAUUGGUCGGGUCGCAGAAUGAUUUUGGAUGAAUACUUGCAAGGAGAUUUAAUGCCAAAAAGGCUACCUUCAUCUUGGGUAACAACCCAUAAAUACGUCUUUCAAUCAGAUGAUGGAGGUUUGUCUCUCUUGAAUACGGCUACCAACUUAAUAAGCGUAUUAGUAACAAAUCACACGCUUCGUCAAUUAAAUGUUCGCGGAUAUGUUUGCUCCCAUGAUCUCAAAUAUGUUUUAUUUCGGCAUAAUGUAAAAAAGGUUUUUAAGAAGUCCUUCAACGCCUUUUACACAAUUUACGAUGUGGAAAAUGAUCACCACAUGCCAGUUAAUUUAAAAGACUCCCUUAAGGUACAAAGAACUCGUCUUCAGUAUGCAGAUUGGCUUGGCAAUACGACUUCAAUAGUAUUUGUUGUUGAAAAUGAUAUAUAUAUCCGACCAUCCCCAUUAAUUGAGGAAGAUAUAAGAAUAACGUCAUCUGGAUAUGAAAACCAAAUAUAUAAUGGUAUUCCUGAUUGGCUUUACCAAGAAUCUUGAUUUCUUCUACUACCAACCCUUCCUCCGCCAUCAACUAGAAGUCUAGAAAUCAACCAAUGAAAGCAUUGCAACUACAAUUUCAUAUCUUAGAAUUUAAAUAGUUUUUGUCAUCAGCCAAUCAAAACGUUGAAGCCUUAAUUUGUAU